AUGCGAUUAGUAAAGUGUUAUUUCUGUUCGUCAACUAUUUAUCCUGGUCACGGAAUCCAGUUUGUAAGAAACGAUAAUAAGGUAUUCAAAUUUUGCCGAGCCAAAUGCCAUAAAGCAUUUAAGAAACAUCGUAACCCGCGUAAAGUCCGUUGGACGAAAGCAUUUAGGAAAUCGGCAGGCAAAGAGUUGGCUAUCGAUUCAACUUUUGAAUUUGAAAGAAAUAGAAAUAUUCCAGUCAAGUAUAACCGAGAACUAUGGAAUAAAUCACUCGAAGCUAUUAAACGAGUUCAAGAAAUCAAAAUGAAAAGACAGCAUCAAUACGUUAAGAAUAGACUGAAAGCAAACACAGCAGCACUGAAAGAGGCAGAUUACGAAGAAGUAAAGCAAAAUAUUCACAUUCUCGAGGAACCCAAAGUUAAGAAAGAAGCAAAGAUCAAAAGAGCUACGCAAGUUAUUCAAGAAAUCGAUAUGGAUACAGAUUAA